AUGGCGUUGUUCGAUUCAUCUCUGCGGGUAUUCGCGGCAGCCAUUGUGCUUCGCCUGACUCUACUGGUCUAUGGCGGUUGGCAAGAUGCCAACUCCGCGGUCAAGUACACCGACAUCGACUACCUGGUCUUCACAGAUGCAUCCCGCUAUAUCAGCAAGGGUCAGUCACCGUAUGCGCGUGACACGUAUCGCUACACGCCUCUGCUUGCGUGGAUGCUUCUCCCCACAGCAUGGGAGGGCGGAUCGGGUUCUUUGGCGUCGAUCGCUUUCGCAUUUGGCAAGAUCCUAUUUGCCCUCGCCGAUGUUGUGGCGGGUUGGCUCGUGGUCCAGCUAUUAUGCAGAUGCUACCGCAUGCCGACUGAGCGUGCCCUGCGCUAUGUAGCUGCGGCUUGGCUUUGGAACCCCAUGGUGGCGAACAUCAGUACUCGAGGAAGCUCCGAGGGUCUCUUGGGUGUUCUUGUCGCUGCACUUCUUUGGGCAACUCUGACCAAGCGGGCUGCCCUGGCAGGUGUGAUUCUGGGGUUGGCGGUCCACUUCAAGAUCUACCCCUUCAUCUAUGGGGCUUCGAUCCUCUGGUGGUGGGAUGCGCAGCAGGAUGGCGCUGCCCCGAGAAAAGACUUGAGUCUUACCUCGCACGUGCUUGGCUUUAUCACCCGCUCGCGUGUGGUGCUGUUCAUUUCGGCACUGGUCACCUUCACAUCGCUCAAUGUGGUGAUGUAUCGUCAAUAUGGCAUGCCGUUCUUGCACCAGACAUUCUUUCAUCACUUGACCCGCAUCGACCACCGCCACAACUUCUCUCCCUAUAGCACUUUGCUGUAUCUUGCAUCCGCCGGCGGUGCAAGCUACCGCUUCGAAACACUCGCCUUUCUUCCGCAGUUACUACUCGCUGUGGUGGCUAUUCCAUUGGCCUUGGCGAAGAAGAGUCUGGCUACGGCCAUGCUUGCCCAGACAUUUGCAUUUGUCACUUUCAACAAAGUGUGCACCAGCCAGUAUUUCAUCUGGUACCUCAUUCUUUUGCCAUUCUACUUACCCUCCUCUUCUCUCAUCCGCAAGCCGAAUCUAGGCAUUGCUGCCGCCGCGCUGUGGGUCCUUGGCCAGGCAAUGUGGCUCUCACAAGGAUAUAACUUGGAAUUCCUUGGCCUGUCCGCAUUUGUACCAGGACUUUUCUUGUCGUCACUUAUCUUUUUCGGGAUCAACGUGUGGAUCAUUGGCAUUGUUAUUCGUGACGGGGGGACAGAGGAGUUCAGAUCUUCACCGUAG